AUGGAUUAUGGUAACCAGACCUUGCUGAAGGAAUUGAUCUUGACCGGAUUUUCUCAGAACCCUAAGACAAGAAUAUUACUGUCCGUUCUGUUCUUAUUCAUAUAUAUAUUGGUUAUCUUGGGGAACAGUUUCAUGAUCUUCACCGUCAUCCUCAGUCCCCAGUUACACACUCCUAUGUAUUAUUUCCUCUGUAAUUUGUCUUUUAUUGAUUUGUGUUUCACAUCCUGUAAUAUGCCAACAAUUUUGUUCAAUAUAAUUUUUAAUACAAGCGCAAUUUCUGUCAUUGGAUGCUUUGUCCAAAUGGACCUUGGUCUUUUUCUCGGUAUAACUGAGUGUAUUUUACUGGCGGUGAUGGCCUAUGACCGGUAUAUUGCUAUAUGCCUCCCCUUAUAUUACACCACCAUUAUGAGCUGGAGAGUCUGUGGAUACAUCACUGUUAUCAUGUGUUUGGGAAGUUUUUACUUUACUCUUACCCCGACCAUCAUGAAACCUCUUGUCUUCUGUAAAGGGAAUAAAUUGAACCAUUUUGCAUGUGAAAUUUUAGCGGUUAUAGAAUUGGCGUGUGGGGAUCUCUCCGCUACUAAAUUCUUAUUGAUUGUUCACAGUUUUAUUAUUCUUGUAUCUCCUCUUAUAUUCAUUGUUGUGACCUAUAUUUGUAUUAUUGCCUCCAUAUUGAAAAUAAGUUCUGCUCAGGGUAGGUCCAAAGCCUUCUCCACCUGCACGUCCCAUCUCACUGUGGUUGUAAUGUUUUAUGGGACAAGUGUGACCACGUACACGGGUCAAGCAAGACUUUCUUUUAUGCAGAAAUAUAUUUCUCUAGGUUAUGGGCUUGUCACUCCUAUGUUAAAUCCUUUGAUCUAUAGUCUGAGGAACAAUGAAGUCAAAGAAGCCUUUAAGAAAAUAUUGACCAAAUAUUCUGUAUUGUGA